AUGCUUCAAGAUAUGAGCAAUUCGCCUUCAACGUCUCGUCGGCGACUCAAAGCUCAACAAGAAAACUGGGAUGAUGACUUCGAGUUUGCUCUUCCCACAAAAAAAGCGAACACUUCUUCUCAGCCAUCAAAAGGUAAAUGGAAAGACGAGAAUGACCCUAAUGUACAAUCAAAACGUGCUGAAAGUCCUGUAGAAGAUUGGGACGACAAUUGGGAUGAAUCACCACCGCCGCCUCCGCGGGCAUCACAACCCCCUCAACAACCUCAAGCAAAACACCAAAGAAAGAAAUCCGCCAUUCCUCCGCCUAUAAGCAUACCUAAUCACUCACACACCCAACCACCUAGAUUAUCACCUUCACAUGCUGCAGGUCUUUCUAUUUCACCUCUACCAUCCUCGUAUUCGACUCAUCAGCCACUUUUACCAUCUCGCUCACAUUCUUCACUGGCCCUAGCAGAUGCUCCACAGCAACUCCCUCGAUCAAGGUCAGGUUCAACAUCAGCUAGUGCAAUCAGAAACAAGUUGGUCAAACGACAUCCCUCGACAUCAUUCGUUCCUAUCUCAAACCCUUCAUCUACCAAUUUAGCUUCAAGUGGUGUUUUGCAAAAUGGCUCUGAAGCUGAUUUAUCUUUCAUUUCACUUGUCAAUCGAUCAUCUCCUAAUCUACCUCAUACAUCGCAGCUACCAAGGAGUACAUCUGGAGAGCAGAUGCCUCCACCUCCCUUACCAUCCGGUGGAAUCUUAGGAAGAGCUAGAAGUAGAUCAAGAAGUAAGGCUAAAACUGACAACAAACAGGAUGUAAGGGUGUCUGGAAUACCUUUCAGUCCAAGUAGAGAUGAUAUGAAGGAGAAGGAAAAGGAAAGAAGACCAGGGUUUUGGAAGAGGUUUUCGGGAGUUCCCUCAGCUGAAAAAAACGAAAGUACACCACAACAUCGUCGUCGUCGAAGUUCCUCUGUUGGAACCAAAAUCCUACCCUCUGACUCACCAUGUCCUCCUGUCCCACCUCUGCCAAUGAAUCUACGCUCACCCAGCGGCGCAUCAAUUACAUCGACGUCAUCGGCCAAAUCAGGUCCAGCAUCUGCUUUUUCAGCUUUACUGCGUCGUUCUUCUAGUAGUUUAUCAAGACGAUCGGAUAAAUCCAGAGAUAGAGAAAGGGAUAAAGAUACUCCCCCUUCAUCUUACCCUUACUCUUCAAAACAUGGUCAAAGUUCGAGCAGCGUCAAUUCGGUCAUUCAGAGAUCCGUGGCUAUACCGUCAAAUCGAAGAGGAGAUAUCACACCAGAUUUACCUUCUUCUUCAUCAUUUUCAAGAGGAUUCCACUUGCCUUCUCCUUCGCCCGGAUCUCCCUAUCACGCUCCUAUGUCCCGUAUCCCCUCCUCUGAUCCUGGGCAUGGGGACCUACCACCUUUACCGCAUUCAUCAUCCUUUCCUGGCCCUCAGAGAAACAGUGGAAGUGACACUGAAAUUGAAGGAGAAAGUCAAACCCCCAAAAGGAGAAAAAAAAUCAGACCCGUGUCUGCUCUACCUGCACCCAGAUCUACAUGUGAUUAUAAGGGAAAUCAAUGGAAAGGGUUCAAGGGUGACGCUCCCAAUUCACAAUCAGCUCUCAUACCAGGUUUACCAAUAGGUAGACAGACUUCGAUCGAAUUCUCAAAAUCAAGUAAUUCACCUUCUGGGUUCACACCAAAUACAUCUUCGACUUUACGUAGAUUGGGUUCAUUAUCUAAGAAACAUGGUAGAAGAUUAUCAGGUGGAUGGAAAUUCGGUACCAAUUCAUCCACUGAUUCAAAUCAAUCGACUUCUGCUAGAGCACUAGAACCUGUUUUGGGAUCACCUUCUAAACCUCAAAGAUCGAAUCAAGAAGAAGAAGGAUCAUUAUCUCCUGAUUCGCCUACUCCAGAAUCUCAUUCUGAAGACGAUCUGCGUAAGGCAAUUAGAGCGGGAUCAGUUUCUGCUCCAAACUCAAUGUUCAGACCUCCCGCGGCUUCGUCAAGUAUAUCAGAUAGUCAUGAUCAAGCGUCUUCCGAGGUAGUACAGGCUGCGAAAGACAAAAAAGAAAAACACAGAAGAAGGCAAAGUUGGAAUGAUUUCAUCAUUCCGAGGGAGGUCAUGAUGAAGCAGAAGGAACUGAAACAAGGUAUCGGAGCGGUGAAGAUGUUUGCAGGUGGUGUAGCGGCUCUCAAAACGCUACUAUCUAUUCAUGCCGAUAUACAAGAUCGCAUAUUGUCCCUGGGAUCUUCGGUUGGUGCCGCUCAAUUUGCAUCUCUCGAUUCCGAGUUCGAACAAUGGUUAGAGAUGGCAAUUGUGCUCAUUGAAGUAGGAUCGACCGGAUCUGAUCCUUCCACCCAAGCUUCCCUCUCUUCUCCGCCACGAUCUAGAAGGGUGACAUUGGCUUCAAAUGAGGCAAAAGCAGCUUCGGCAGCCAUGUCAAAGGCUCUUUCAGCUCCAGAUCGCGCAAUAGCAUCAGUUUCACCGAUUCCGUCAUCAUCUUGGCGCAAAGCAAGUCUACCAGAUCCUGAAGAAACGGAUCAUGCUUUCGUUGGUCCUGGACCUCCAAAAGCUGAUUAUCCAGAACAGUGGAGAGCCUCAACAGGCAGACAAGAUCUCUCGAAACGUCAAUUGGAAGUCUUAAGGACAAUGCUACGAACUCCAAUGACCAGUAUGGUCACACCGGAAAGACCUGGAAUAGGUAGAACAUCAAGUACAUUAUCAGCAAGUUCCAGCGCUGUCAGUUAUACACAUAUUCAAGGUAGUCCAAGUCCAAGUAAAUCCAAUGGUAUAAUCAGAACCAUAUCAAGACGUCAAACAUCUGGUUCUAUUACGUUUCCUUCGCCUGGUGAUUCAGCACAUAUAAAUCCAUCUACAUCAUUUCCUUCUCCCCUCACAGCGUCUAGGGCAACUCAGCAACCAUCCACCCAGAACGCUAUGAAAGAUAGAAGAGCAAGUAAAGCUGGUUUAGCAGGAUUGAAAGAAUUCCUAAGAUCGCUGAAAAAGGAUAGAUCAGUUUCAGGAGGACAAAGACAAGGACAAGGUUUAACACCGAUAAGAAUCAAAUCUCGUUUUGGUAAAAAUUCAACUUCACCACCUGCUUCACCUACUUCGCCUCUCAGUGCAGAUUUCAUUCGAGGAGAAGUAUUCUUCCCAACCCAAAGGUCGUCGUUCUCCGCUCUAGGAGCAGGUGUAAUCAGCAAUGAUUUGGUCAAAUCACCUACGAAACCACCGCAAUCAGCUCCCAUAGUAUCUGCGAGAUCAGGUUCAGCAACUUCAAAUUCACCUAGAUUAGGACCAGAACAAAAAAGACCUUCAAUAAGAAACAUUUUCAGAACGUCAUCUGGCAAUUGGUCUGAAUUGGUCAAGAGCGAUUCGGCUACAUCUUCUCCAGGAUCUGGAUUGAUAAAGCAAUCAUCUUCAUCAAGGAUGAAAUCAAUUUCACCAAAACCUUCUUCAUCACCGAUCGGCAAAAUAAGCGUAUCAGAUCCCAUACCAUCUCGCAUUCCUCUUUCGGCAUCUUCCAAAACGCUUUCUGCCAAUGACCUGAAUCCUUCUUUCUCUUUUGGUAAAGAAGGAGGAGACAUGACAUUACGUCCUUCAUCGAGAAAAAGGGUUUCAGGUCUAGGUCUAGGUCUAGGUUGGCCUGAAGCAGCUUACGGUGGUGAUACUUCAAUCAAGACUUCAGGUGGAAGUGGGGUUGGAGAAAUGGGAACUUUAUUUGAAAGUCCAAACCCAUUGGAUCAGACUUACAAAGCUAUUAGUAAUGGUUCAAAUAGUAAUUACACUGCUUCCUCUCCAGAUACACGAAUCGCAUCUGAUAGAAAUACUACCACAUCGUCAACAACAUCAAGUAGGAUGCCAUCAAGUGAUACAAGUAUAGGAUUUAGUGAGGAUGAUCAAAGUGAUCUGACCAUCGCUUUGACACCUGAAAACCUCCCUACUUUGUUAGAAUAUCUGAAACAAUGUGAGAGGAUGCUGAGUGAUUGGAGGAUAAGAGUGGAAGACUUGAUGAAGGACAUGGGCUUGGAAUAA